UAUAAGAGGUAUCACAACAUAUUUAAGGGCCAUAUGCUCCACCUCCCCGUGGUUUGGCCUGGGGUCACACCCCUCGGGGUGUCAGCUAACGGAGCCAACAUUUUUUACCGUCACGCUUUUCCUUCACAUCUGGCGUCUUCACUUCAGCGUCUUCACUUCAGCGUCUUUACCGCAUCAAGUGUCUUCAUCAAGCGUCUUCACCGCAUCAAGCGUCUUCAUCAAGCGUCUUCCUCGAGCGUCUUCCUCGAGCGUCUUCCUCGAGCGUCUUCAUCAAGCAUCUCUACUGCAUCAAGCGUCUUCCUCAAGCCGUCUUCCUCAAGCGUCUUUAUCAAGCAUCUCCACCGCAUUAAGCGUCUUCCUCAAGCGUCUUCAAUCAAGCGUCUUCCCCAAGCGUCUUCAAUCAAGCUUCUCUACUUCAGCGUCAUCAGUCCCGCGUCAUCAUUCCCGCGUCAUCAUCAAGCGUCUUUCGAGCAAUAUUUGGGUUUUCUCUCUCCACACACAUGUAUUUAGAAUUCGGUACAUAGAUCCGUAGAUAAUACACACUACACAAUAUUCCAUCAUCCCCACGCUUGGUAGAAUCAUGGUCGCCUGCACCCACUGCUGUAAUAGAAGUACUGAAUGUAUACGAGUCUUUGCGUGAUUAGCGGACACAGCAUCACGCAUCUGUACCUAGCACGAGGAACAGUAGAUUGGGAGUAGUACUGAAGCAAAAACUGUUACUGUUUUGUAGGAUUAAUCAAUCCUAAGUGAUUUAGUGAUUUCAUAGAGAUAGGGCGUAUCUGCGUCCUGUUUGUUACAUACAUAUGUACAUGCAAAUGAAUCUACCUACUUAGGUACAUACAUAUGUAUGUAGCUAGUAAGAGGAGCCCUGACAACGUGAUUGGGGGAUUCGCUCCACACAUCAUUUGCUUCCGUGCCCCGUGUUCCCUUUUUCGUUAUCAUUCGCUCCGUAUCCACCCUCAUCACUAGCGUGACCUUAGUCAGUACGCAUCACCUACAAAUGUUCGGUCGGAGCGCGUUCACUGCAGGCAGAGGUGGAAAUCUAUACAACGAUUACUCCCUAGACCUCGGGAACAAUAUAAAUCUGUUGUAUGCUGUUCCCUACCUCACCCAACAUUACGCAGGGGUCGUAGCU